AUGGUAACAUUGAAUUUUUUAUGCUUAUUGUAUCACCUCAUUGUACCACUUUGUUAAAUAAAAGUAAUUCCAUGUUUGCUUCGAUUCCUUCUACAAAAUCUUUUAUUUAUGGUGGUGAUCUUCCAACGUCUUCCUUAUUUGUUACUCUUCAAUGA